CCUACCCCCACCCCCAUCCAUCCAUCGAUCCAUACAUACCGAUUUUCCCCCCCAAAAAAAACCCCUGCUCACCGAACUUUCGCUCGCUUCCGCGGACCCCGCGCGCGCGCAUCCCGCUCGCAAUGAUUGGCACGGCGCAGGGCUGGCUGGGCUGGGCUGAGCAGGGCAGGACAGGGCAGGGCAGGGCAGUGGGCGGCGGCGGGGGGGUCGGGCAAGCACGACGACGACGACGACACCUGACGACUGCCGACGCCGAAGCCGCCGACGGCGUCCCACACGCAGCAGCAGGCACGAGCACGCACACGCACACGCACACAAGCCCACGCGAAGCAGGCGCGCGCAUUCGCAGCGAAACCGAGGGCGUGGGCGUGGGCGGCGGCGGCGGCGGCGGCGGCGGCGGUUGUUGCGAGCGAGCGAGCGCGCGCGCACACACAGUAGGUACCCACUCAUCCAGCACAUCGCAUCGCCGACGCCAGCGGAUGAGCGGGCGGGCGGGCGCUCGCGUGUCGUUUAGGGCAGGGGGGGCGGGGGGUCGGCGUCGCGGGCACAGGCUCACGAGCUCCCAGACUCGCAGGCUUCCAGGCUCUCAGGCACCCAGACUCGGAGGCUUCUAAGCUCGCGGGCUCACAGGCUCAUAGGCUCUCCAUAGGCUCUCAGGUUCGCAAGCUCGCAAGCUCGCACCGUGGCGCCCCCCCCC